GCAGCCUAGCACAGGACCGGCCGCCUCUCGUGGGCGUGCGUGCUGCCCGCUUGGACAGCUCCGCUGACGCCACUCUCUCCGCAGUGUCUGCCCAACAGCUGGAGCCCCAGGAGCCGGGAGCGGAAGAGGAGCACUUGGUGACUGCGGGGCCUGAGGAUGAAGUCAUCCGGCCCCGGCCACAGGGGUCCUCACCCGUCUACGAAUGCAGGACUGAGGGUACCAGCUUCGGGCUCCAAGAAGACGCCCCGGGCAGGCGAGGCGCCUCGGGGAGACGGAGGUCCUGGUGGAAGCGGGAUUCCGGGGACUCGCAGACGCUCUCCAGGAUGAGCCGUCCCGAGGAGGCGACAGAGGUGACCCUGGAGACGGAGGCGGAGGCAGGAGCCAGUGGCUACAGCGUCACUGGCGGCGGGCACCAGGGCAUCUUUGUCAAGCAAGUGCUCAAAGACUCCUCGGCUGCCAAGCUCUUCAACUUACAAGCAGGGGAUCAGCUGCUCAGCGCCACCGUGUUCUUUGACGACAUCAAGUAUGAAGAUGCUCUCAAAAUCCUGCAGUACUCAGAGCCCUACCGGGUUCAGUUCAAGGUCAGACGGAGACUCUCUGCUGCAGACGCCAAGGGGCGGGGCUCCAGCGGCAGUCAGCGCCUCGCCGCGGGCGAGGAGAAGCAGGAUAAAGACAUUGCCGAUGGGUGUCCAGAGACCCCGACAAAGACUCUGGAGGGGGACGGAGACCAAGAGCGGCUCAUCUCCCAGGCCCGGGAGGGCAGGGGCAGGCGGCCCCAGAAGGAGAGGCGCUCCUGGCCCAAGUUCCAGGCGCUGAAGAGCACGCGGGGAACGGGGCCCCGGAGGUCCCACAGCUCCUCAGAGGCCUAUGAGCGCAGGGACGCCCCUGACGUGUCCCCCAGCAGCACGGACACGGAGGCCCAGGCCCCAGCAGAGCACCUGCAGCAGAAGGCGGGCCCGGGGCCCCAGAGGACGAGGAAGUUUCUGAACCUGAGGCUGAGGAUGGGCUUGGGGCAGGAGCAGCCAGGCAGAGGGGUGCCAGAGCAGUCGAGGCCCAGGGAGGACAGCCGAGGGGACACGGGGGCUGCUGCAGGCGAUGGAGGGGAGAGGGGGGUGACGCUGGCACCAGGAGCCAGGCCUGUGCUGAGCACGCCUCGGCCCACACAGCCUGGCCUCCCAAGCCUUGCGGAGGGGGAAGGGUCUUGGAGUGAGGGCCCAGGUGUGGGACCCAAACCACAAAGCGGGGCGAAGGAGGUGGAGACCCAGCAGGAGGCCAGGACGCAGGCUGAGGGGGAUGGGGAGGCAGUGCAGAGCCUGGUAAGCGGGAUGGUCAGGGGGCCCCUGCAGGGCACAGCUCAGGGAGGGGGCACCCAGAGCCACCCACCAGAAAUCCAUGUCCGAAUACCCCAUUUAAAGAUGCCCAAAUUUGGGUUUUGCCAAGAAAAGGAGCUGGAGAUAGACAGAGGUGCUUCUUCCCUGCAGCUGGCAUGGGGAACGAGCCCUGGGGCACGUGGGGAGGGGGCCAGAGAGGCUGGAGCAGGCCCUGCAGGACAGGACCAGGGGGAACCAGGCCCCGCAUGGGCAGAGCCAGGCGAAGACCAAGGAGGGGGCAAAGGCACAGUGCGAACGCCCGAGGGCGAGGGGCCUGUCACCCCGCGGGGAAAAGCCCCUCCAAGGAGAGAGCGAGAGAGAGAGAGUGGGGUCACGGGAGUGACAGCCAGGACAGAAGUAACCCCGGAGAGGGAAGGGAGGAGACACAGAAUAGAGGACGAGCCUCGGUCGGUGUCCGGAACGGACGGAAGAGUCGCCGCUGAGAGCCUGGCCCUGGCCCUGGGAGACAGGGACGUGGCCCCCCAGGGCGGCGAGCUCCAGGUGCCCUCCUUCAGAGUGUCUGCUCCCGGAAUGACAGGGCAGGCCUUGGUGGGUCCAAGGCUGGACGCAGCCGUGACCCUCCCCGUGUUCCAGGGGCACCUCGAGACCAGGCACCUCAGCACCCAGCUCCCUUCUGCCGACUUGGAUGUCCAGCAGGGCCAGGUAGACUUGAAGCACCCAGAGAGACAGAGGCCUGAGGCAGAGCUGCGCGAACCACAGGCCUCUGCAGCUGGCCUGAGGGGGCACCUGCCCCAGGUGCAGAUGCCCAGCAUCAAGAUGCCCAAAGUGGAGCCCCAGGGCCCCCAGGUGGACAUUAAGGGACCCAAAGUGGAUGUGAGAGGUGCAGAGGGGGACAUGGAGGUGUCACAGCCAAGCAUGGACGUGGACAUUCAGGCUUGUGGUGGCAAACUGGAGACAGACCUGGUCCUGGGAGACAAGGGCCUGGCCAGCAAAGGUAGCAAGUUCAAGAUGCCCAAGUUCAAGAUGCCCUCGUUUGGGGCGUCCACACCCAGAAAGACUGUGGAGGUCUCAGUGGACAAGACCAUGCCGGUGGUGGAGGCAGCCAUGACCCUCCCCUCUCUCCAGGGAGACCUCGAGAGCAGGGACCUCAGCACCCAGCUCCCUUCUGCUGACCUGGACAUUCAGUCUGUCCAGGUGGACGCGAGCCACCCAGAGGACCAGCUGCCUGGGGUGGAGGUGUCAGAAGCCCAGGUUGCUGGAACCAGACUCAAGGGACACCUGCCCAAGGUACAGACGCCCAGCAUCAAAAUGCCCAAAGUGGGCCUCAGAGGCCCCCAGGUGGACAUCAAGGGCCCCAACAUGGAGGUGAAAAGCACCAAGGGGACAGUGAGCACCACCGUCGUGGAGGUGUCGCUGCCCAGCGUAGAUGCAGACACCCAGGCUCCUGGUGCCAAGGUGGAGCCUGGCUUGGCCAUGGGAGACAAGGAGGCAACCAUGAAAGACUCGAAGUUCAGGAUGCCCAAGUUCAAGAUGCCCUCCUUUGGUGCGUCCACAACUAGGAAGACUGUGCAGGCCUCGAUGGAUGCGCCCACUACCACGGUGGGGGCAGCCGUGACCCUCCCUUCUUCUCAGGGAGACCUGAAGACCGCUGACCUCAGCCUCCAGCUUCCCUCUGACCUGGGAGUCCAGCCUGCCCAGGGGGACGUGAGGCUCCCGGAGGCUCAGCUGCCGGACAUGGAGCUGAGUGCACCACAGGCCUCUGCAGCUGGCCUGAGGGGACACCUGCCCAAGGUGCCCAGCAUCAGGAUGCCCAAGGUGGAGCUCCAGGGCCCCCAGGUGGACAUCAGGGCUCCCAGAGUGGAUGGCAAAGUAAGCAAAGGGAAAGUGAGCACCCCAGACCUGGAGGUGUCAGUGCCCAGUGUGGACACAGAUGUCCAGGCUCCGGGUGCCAGUCUCGAGGUGGAUAUGGCUGUGAGACACGAGGACGUGGCUGCCAAAGACAGCAAGUUCAGACUGCCCCGGUUCAGAAUGCCCUCCUUUGGGACAUCCACCACCAGCAAGACCACAGAGGCCCCACUGGACGUGACCACACCUAAGGUGGAGGCCGACCUGACGCUCCCCGCUUUCCAAGGGGAUGUCAAGACCACUGACCUCAGCGUGCAGCUCCCUUCUGCUGAUUGGGAAGUCCAGCCUGUCCAGCUGGAUGGGAAAGUCCCAGAAGUCCAGAAGCCUGAGGCAGAGCUGCCUACGCCACAGGCCUCUGCCGCUGGCCCGAGGGGACACUUGCCCAAGGUGCCCGUGCCCAGCAUCAGGAUGCCCAAGGUGGGGCUCAAGGGCCCCAAGGUGGACGUCAGGGCUCCCAAAGUGGACGUGAAGGGAUCCAUGGGAGAAGUGGGAGCCCCAGAUCUGGGAGUGUCGCUGCCCAGUGUGGACGUGGACAUGCAGGCUCCUGACGUCACGAUGGAGGCUGAUCUGGACCUUGGAGAGAAGGCUGUGGCUGCCAGAGACAGCAAGUUCAGACUGCCCAGGGUAAAGAUGCCCUCCUUUGGGGUGCCCACCUCCGGCAAGAUCAAAGAGGCCUCAGUGGACAUGACCACAGCAAAGGUCGAGGCAGACGUGGCCCUCACCCCUUUCCAGGGAGACCUGAAGACCGCUGACCUCAGCCUCCAGCUUCCCUCUGACCUGGGAGUCCAGCCUGCCCAGGGGGACGUGAGGCUCCCGGAGGCUCAGCUGCCGGACAUGGAGCUGAGUGCACCACAGGCCUCUGCAGCUGGCCUGAGGGGACACCUGCCCAAGGUGCCCAGCAUCAGGAUGCCCAAGGUGGAGCUCCAGGGCCCCCAGGUGGACAUCGAGGCUCCCAAGGUGGGAGUGAAGGGAUCCAUGGGAGAAGUGGGAGCCCCAGAUCUGGGAGUGUCGCUGCCCAGUGUGGACGUGGACAUGCAGGCUCCUGGUGCCCCGCUAGAGAUGGACCUCUCCUUGGGAGACAAGGACGUGACCAUCAAAGACGGAAAAUUCAAGUUGCCCAAGCUCAAGAUGCCCUCCUUUGGGACACCCACACCCGGGAAGACUGUGGAGGCCUCGGUGGAUGUGGCUGCACCAAAGGUGGAGGGAGACGUGACCCUCGCCUCUUUCCAUGGGGAACUGGAGACCACUGACCUCAGCAUUGGGGUCCCCUCUUCUGACCUGGGAGUCCAGCCUGCCCAGGGGGACGCGAGGCUCCCGGAGGCUCAGCUGCCGGACAUGGAGCUGAGUGUACCACAGGCCUCUGCCGCUGGCCCGAGGGGACACCUGCCCAAGGUGCCCAGCAUCAGGAUGCCCAAGGUGGGGCUCAAGGGCCCCAAGGUGGACGUCAGGGCUCCCAAGGUGGGAGUGAAGGGAUCCAUGGGAGAUGUGGGCACCCCAGAUCUGGAGGUGUCGCUGCCCAGUGUGGACGUGGACAUGCAGGCUCCUGACGUCACGAUGGAGGCUGAUCUGGACCUUGGAGAGAAGGCUGUGGCUGCCAGAGACAGCAAGUUCAGACUGCCCAGGGUAAAGAUGCCCUCCUUUGGGGUGCCCACCUCCGGCAAGAUCAAAGAGGCCUCAGUGGACAUGACCACAGCAAAGGUCGAGGCAGACGUGGCCCUCACCCCUUUCCAGGGAGACCUGAAGACCGCUGACCUCAGCCUCCAGCUUCCCUCUGACCUGGGAGUCCAGCCUGCCCAGGGGGACAUGAGGCUCCCGGAGGCUCAGCUGCCGGACAUGGAGCUGAGUGCACCACAGGCCUCUGCAGCUGGCCUGAGGGGACACCUGCCCAAGGUGCCCAGCAUCAGGAUGCCCAAGGUGGAGCUCCAGGGCCCCCAGGUGGACAUCGAGGCUCCCAAGGUGGAAGUGAAGGGAUCCAUGGGAGAAGUGGGAGCCCCAGAUCUGGGAGUGUCGCUGCCCAGUGUGGACGUGGACAUGCAGGCUCCUGGUGCCCCGCUAGAGAUGGACCUCUCCUUGGGAGACAAGGACGUGACCAUCAAAGACGGAAAAUUCAAGUUGCCCAAGCUCAAGAUGCCCUCCUUUGGGACACCCACACCCGGGAAGACUGUGGAGGCCUCGGUGGAUGUGGCUGCACCAAAGGUGGAGGGAGACGUGACCCUCGCCUCUUUCCAUGGGGAACUGGAGACCACUGACCUCAGCAUUGGGGUCCCCUCUUCUGACCUGGGAGUCCAGCCUGCCCAGGGGGACGCGAGGCUCCCGGAGGCUCAGCUGCCGGACAUGGAGCUGAGUGUACCACAGGCCUCUGCCGCUGGCCCGAGGGGACACCUGCCCAAGGUGCCCAGCAUCAGGAUGCCCAAGGUGGAGCUCCAGGGCCCCCAGGUGGACAUCAGGGCUCCCAGAGUGGAUGGCAAAGUAAGCAAAGGGAAAGUGAGCACCCCAGACCUGGAGGUGUCAGUGCCCAGUGUGGACACAGAUGUCCAGGCUCCGGGUGCCAGUCUCGAGGUGGAUAUGGCUGUGAGACACGAGGACGUGGCUGCCAAAGACAGCAAGUUCAGACUGCCCCGGUUCAGAAUGCCCUCCUUUGGGACAUCCACCACCAGCAAGACCACAGAGGCCCCACUGGACGUGACCACACCUAAGGUGGAGGCCGACCUGACGCUCCCCGCUUUCCAAGGGGAUGUCAAGACCACUGACCUCAGCGUGCAGCUCCCUUCUGCUGAUUGGGAAGUCCAGCCUGUCCAGCUGGAUGGGAAAGUCCCAGAAGUCCAGAAGCCUGAGGCAGAGCUGCCUACGCCACAGGCCUCUGCCGCUGGCCCGAGGGGACACUUGCCCAAGGUGCCCGUGCCCAGCAUCAGGAUGCCCAAGGUGGGGCUCAAGGGCCCCAAGGUGGACGUCAGGGCUCCCAAAGUGGACGUGAAGGGAUCCAUGGGAGAAGUGGGAGCCCCAGAUCUGGGAGUGUCGCUGCCCAGUGUGGACGUGGACAUGCAGGCUCCUGACGUCACGAUGGAGGCUGAUCUGGACCUUGGAGAGAAGGCUGUGGCUGCCAGAGACAGCAAGUUCAGACUGCCCAGGGUAAAGAUGCCCUCCUUUGGGGUGCCCACCUCCGGCAAGAUCAAAGAGGCCUCAGUGGACAUGACCACAGCAAAGGUCGAGGCAGACGUGGCCCUCACCCCUUUCCAGGGAGACCUGAAGACCGCUGACCUCAGCCUCCAGCUUCCCUCUGACCUGGGAGUCCAGCCUGCCCAGGGGGACGUGAGGCUCCCGGAGGCUCAGCUGCCGGACAUGGAGCUGAGUGUACCACAGGCCUCUGCAGCUGGCCUGAGGGGACACCUGCCCAAGGUGCCCAGCAUCAGGAUGCCCAAGGUGGAGCUCCAGGGCCCCCAGGUGGACAUCGAGGCUCCCAAGGUGGGAGUGAAGGGAUCCAUGGGAGAAGUGGGAGCCCCAGAUCUGGGAGUGUCGCUGCCCAGUGUGGACGUGGACAUGCAGGCUCCUGGUGCCCCGCUAGAGAUGGACCUCUCCUUGGGAGACAAGGACGUGACCAUCAAAGACGGAAAAUUCAAGUUGCCCAAGCUCAAGAUGCCCUCCUUUAGGACACCCACACCCGGGAAGACUGUGGAGGCCUCGGUGGAUGUGGCUGCACCAAAGGUGGAGGGAGACGUGACCCUCGCCUCUUUCCAUGGGGAACUGGAGACCACUGACCUCAGCAUUGGGGUCCCCUCUUCUGACCUGGGAGUCCAGCCUGCCCAGGGGGACGCGAGGCUCCCGGAGGCUCAGCUGCCGGACAUGGAGCUGAGUGUACCACAGGCCUCUGCCGCUGGCCCGAGGGGACACCUGCCCAAGGUGCCCAGCAUCAGGAUGCCCAAGGUGGAGCUCCAGGGCCCCCAGGUGGACAUCAAGGCUCCCAAGGUGGGAGUGAAGGGAUCCAUGGGAGAAGUGGGAGCCCCAGAUCUGGGAGUGUCGCUGCCCAGUGUGGACGUGGACAUGCAGGCUCCUGGUGCCCAGCUGGAGAUGGACCGUUCCCUGGGACACAAGGACGUGACCAUCAAGGACAGCAAGUUCAAAAUGCCUAAGUUCAAAAUGCCCUCGUUUGGGACAUCCACUCCUGGGAAGACUGUAGAAGCAUCGUUGGACAAGACCGUGCUAAUGGUGGAGGCCGACCUUAAUCUCCUCUCUUUCCAGGGGGACCUGAGGACCACUGACCUCAGCAUCCAGCUCCCUUCCUCUGACCCGGAGGUCCAGCCUGGCCAAAUGAGUGUGAUGCUCCCAGAGGGCCCACAGCCCGAGACAGAGCUGCCCCCACCACAGGCCUCGGAGGCUGGCCUGAAGGAACACCUGCCCAAGGUGCCCAGCAUCAAGGCGCCCAAGGUGGAGCUCACGGGUUCCCAGGUGGACAUCAGGAGCCCCAGUGAGGUGGCUGAGUGUGCCAAGGGUGAGGUGAGUGCUCCCGCAAUGGAAGUAUCGCUGCCAUGCACAGACCUGGGCAUCCGGGCUCCUGGUGUCAAGGGUACAUCGUUGGGAGACAAGGAAGUGACAGUGAAAGACUCGAAGUUCAGGAUGCCCAAGUUCAGGAUGCCCUCCUUUGGGGCAUCCACGCCUAGGGAGACUGUGGAGGCCUCGGUGGACGUGCCCACAACCACGGUGGAGGCAGCCGUGGCCCUGCCCCCUCACUGCGGGGACCUCAGGUCCACUGAGCUCAGCAGACGCCUGCCUUCUGCUGUCCAGCCUGGCCAGCUGUGUGUGGAGCCCCCAGAGGGGCAGCUCCCUGGGGCAGAGAGGUCUGAACAACCACAAGCCUCUGGUCUGAGGGGACCCCUGCCUGGGGCACAGAUGCCCAGCAUCAAGGUGCCCAGAGUGGACCUCAAGGGCCCCCAGGUGGCCAUCAUGGGCCUGGAAGUGGACAUGAAAGGUGCCAAGGAGGAGGUGAGCACCCCUGAUCUGGAGGCGUCCCUGCCCACUGCGGACGUGGGCAUCCAGGCUCCUGGGGUCAAGGUGGAGACAGACCUGGCCCUGGGCCGCCUGUCCCCUCCUCCGCCGUCCUCCAGCCGUGGACCUGUCUCCUCGUCCUCUCUGGAAGGAAGCCUGGAAUACAUAGAUGAGGCGCCCUCCGCCGCGGGGAGCCCUGGGGCCGGCGCCGGGGAUUUCCAGGGCUCUGCCGCCCUCCCCGAGGCCCGCGUUUCGGUGCAGGCUGAGACCCAGGCGCUGGGGAGCGCUGCCCAGGACAGCGCCUCCGCUCCCGGGGGGAGCUCCGAGCGCCUCCCGGGCCCUGGCCACGGUCCCUUCCCUCCUGUCCCACCGAGUGCCUUGGCCACCUCCUCCGUUGUCCACACUGCCCAGGCUCCUGGGCAGGUACCCCAGCUGGCACUGCCCAGUGCUCCUUUAGCCAGUGUCGAUGUCACUGGUGGCCACGUCUCCACUUCCCGUGAGCACGUCAGACUCACAGAAUACCAGGUGACACUCCCCCCAGCCACCCUGGCCCCCCCACCUCCUCAAGAUGUCGCUUUCGGGUCACAGGUCAGUGCCCCCUUUCCCAGCCUGGGAAGUUCUGCUGCCCCCCAGUGCCCAGGAUGCGUCCCCACAUCCCAAACUGCUGGCCUGCUGCCUGCAGCGCACGGUCGGGUGACUUUUCCUAAAUUCCAUAAACCGAAGUUUGGGUUUUCAACCCCCAAAGCCACAGUCCCCGAGGUGGAACUGCGUGCAGAGGUACAUGCCCCAGCCUUGCCUGCUGGGGACCCCACGGGGGCCAUGGGCGACGUGGCUGAGAAGGGUGGGCCGUCUUCUCUGCCGGGCUCUGAGCUGCGGUCCUCGGGUGUCUCUGCCUCCCUGGAGACAGCCACAAAGGCCCCCAAGGGAGCCCCAUCCGAGGCCUCUGACCAGGAAGGCAAAGGGAGCCCCUUCAGAGCUCCCGGGUGGACGCUUCCGUCGCAGAGCCGGGCUCUGGGGCAAGAUCGGGGGCCCACAGGGGACCCUGAGGGCAGCUGGGAGGACUCGGACGCAGAACACACGGACGCUCAGCCCAAGGGUCCGGGUUCCCACGUGGACACGCACGAGCAUCGGCCCCCAGAGGUGCAAGGCGAGAAGAGCAGGCGUGGGCUUUCCACAGCCAAGGCUUCUGCGGGGCAGGCCGGCGUGGCCCUUCUGAGCCCUGCAGCCAAGGGUGGCGUUGGCGCCGCAGAAAGGGCCAGCAGCUCCGGCGCGAAGUCCGGCCCCUCGGGGGAAGGAGCUGUGAGCCGCCGUCUGCCCCAGGCCCGCUUUCCCAGUUUGGGCUUUGUCAGACUGGACCGCAGGUCCUCCAAGGCCACGGCGGAGGUGAGCCAGGCUGAAGCCAGGCUGCGUCUGCCCGCACACACUGCCACUGCUGGAAGUGGCAUUGGAGGGCCCACUGAGGAUGGGACAGCCCCCCCAGGGGAGGACCUGCCCCAGCCACCCUGUGGGAAACCAGAUGCAGGCCUCCCUGGGGAGGACGCCCCCGCGGGAGCCACGCCAGUCAGUGCACAGGAAAGCUGGUUCAAAAUGCCCAAGCUCCACGUGCCGGGCUCCAGGCACACCCGGUCCAAGGACAGAGGCGAGGCCGGAGAGCAGGAGGCACCUGGUGAGGAGGGGAGCCCCCUCUCCAGGCCUGAAGUGCAGGCAGGCGCAGCCCUGCAGCCCCCGGACACCAGGGCCGAGGCAGCCAAAGCAUCCGAGGGCGUGUCCUCCGUGGGUGUCUGGCAGUGCCCACCUCAUAGCACAGGUGUGACGCUGUCCGAGAUCAGCACCCAGCCUGCCGAAGGCUCCCUGCCCCUCCAGGGGCUGGGCACGAGACCGUCGGGGAGACAGGCAGAGGCCCUGGUGGAGAGCUGGCCGUCCCCGCCCCAGGGCCCCGUUAGACUGACGGCAUCGAGGACGGACGUGCCGGCCCAGGUCUCCAUGGUGAGCACCGAUCAGCUCUGGGAAGAUUCCGUGCUGACCGUCCAGUUCCCUAAAUUGAAGGGCCCGAGGUUCUCAUUCCCUGCCCCUGGCUCGGAGGCCGACGUGUUCAUCCCCGCGGUGCGGCAGGUGCGGGGCUCCGUGGCUGGGGCGGGCGAGGCUCUCUCUGAGGGGCGCCCAGGGCUCUGGGCGGCCAGCAUCCUGCCCGCAGCCACUGAGGUUUUCGGGGAGCAGCCUGUGUGCCUUGACCCCUCCUCGGGACCGCCCCCAAUUUCUCAGGUCAGGGUGCACUUCCAGAGGGUUCCAGCUGAGAGCCAGGACAUCGUCCUCCGCCGUGGGGCAUCCCCAGCGCCUGCUGACCCGGUGGAAACCGAGGCCAUUUCCACUCAGAUUGUGCGUGAAUCAGAGAUCCCCACGUCCCGGGUUCAGACACCUUCCUACGGGUUCUCCUUGUUAAAGGUGAAAAUCCCAGAGCCCCGCUCGCGGGCCGCGUGCACGGUGCCCGGAGGCUCCGAGGAGCCCCCCGCGGGAGACUCCGGGGCCGCCCCGCCCGACUCCGCAGAACCCUCUGAGGUGGUGCCGCCCGGCGGCCACCCGCUGGGGCCGGCCGAGGAUGAGGAGCCCGGCGGCCACCCGCUGGAGCCGGCCGAGGAUGAGGAGCCCGGCGGCCACCCGCUGGAGCCGGCCGAGGAUGAGGAGCCCGCCCAAGUUCUCGAGUUUCCCGCCGAGGAGGGCCGAGCGGCGGCCGGCACCGGUGCUGCACCGCAGAGGCCUGGAGGUCAGAAAUCGGGCCUGUGGUUUUGGCUUCCACACAUCGGCUUUUCCUCUUCUGCCGGCGAGGCGAGCGCCGCCUCCAAAGACCUCAGCCCGAGACCGGCUCCCGUUCAGACGCAGCCUGAGGCCGGGCCAGCCGCGCACCUGCUGGGGAGGCAGGAGAAGGCCAGCUGGUUCCGGUUUCCCAAACUGGGGUUCUCCGCCCCACCGGCCAAGAGCGGCCCCGGCGUGGAAGGCGGGGCGGGCCCCUCCGAGCCCACGAGCCAAGACGAAACCGUCGCCUUUUUUGACGCCAGAGAAAGUCUCUCCCCGGAAGAGAAGGAAGGAGCUGAUGCAGCCGAGGCUGCCGGCGCUGGCCAGAAGGAGCUCACCAAGAAUGCUGGCCGGGAACCCGCGCCCCCUACCCAGCGAGGGCCGGAGAAGGGAGAGGCCUGAGAGAGCCCUGCCCCCUCCCCGUCCCCUCCAGGCUGGGCCAGCACGUGCCCAGCUCCUCACAGCCAAGCCCCACAGGACGGGGCUUCAACCACCAAGGCCGCGCUCAAACUGCUGUGCCCCCGAGGGGGGCUGGGCGGCACGGGGAGGGUGGCUCUGGGCCUCGGCUGACCGUCCUGCGGGGAGCUUCAGACACUGCGCGGGGCCCCCUGCCAGCCACAGCGCCGUGGGCGGGAUGAGCCAGCAGUGUCCGCCCCCUGUGUCCACCAGUCAGGUGCCCUAUGCAUGUGUCCAUUGCAGACCAGUGUCCGACGGUGCCACUCAUGUCCCUAGAGGCUCCAGACGCUGUGGCAGGUCCCUUGGUGUGCAAUAAAGCAAGCGCUGUGUC